UAAAUUCGUCCGUGGUUUACAUGUAACGCGUCAUACUUCCAAACGUCAGUUGUUCUCCUUGAACCAGCGGUGCACCAUCACUGGUGCCUGGUAGACUGGCCGGACUGAGGUAACGUCUCAACCGUAUACUGGCACGUCCUUGCCGACGUCACGCGUGCGUUACGUGCUGUCAUAAGAUGAAAACUUUGAUUUGCAAUUUACCGAAGUUUGUGUCCAUUCAAAAGAAGACAGUAUCAGCACAGAUGGCUUCAUUCUCCAGCUCCUCCACUCUUCCAAGAAAAGAGAUCUCUGUAAAAGUGAAAUGGGGGGAGAUCAGAGGUCAACAGUGGGGUCCUGAUGAUGGGCAUCCUGUUGUCUGCCUGCAUGGCUGGGCCGACAACUGUGGCACUUUCAAAAACCUCAUUCCACUGCUGCCCCAAGGCUGCAGGUACCUGGCUCUGGACAUGGCAGGUCACGGUCUCUCUUCUCAUCGUCCGGCUGGAGACUUUUACACCUUUCCUGGCUACGUGGCCGACGUGCGCAGAGUCACUGAGUCUCUCCAGUUGAACAAGUUCACAAUCAUGGGUCACAGUAUGGGAGCCAACAUCGCAGGCAUGUUCUGCUCCCUGUACCCUGAAAAGGUGGAUGGACUGGUGUUUCUAGACGCGUACGGGUUCUUACCUACAAAGCUGAAGGAAAUCCCUGACAUGAUGCGAAAAGGAAUAGACGAGAUAAUUCAGUUCGAGAACAAGGCAGAAGUCAAGAGCAGAGUUUAUACCUAUGAGAAGGCAGUGGAGAGAUUGCAGACAGCAAAUCCAACAUUGUCCAAAGAGUCCACAGAGAUCUUGUUAGAGCGAGGGCUGGCUCAGGUUGAAGGAGGAUUUGCUUUCACCAGAGACAUCCGGGUGAAUUUUAGAAAUAUAGCGCGGACUCCUUUGGAGCUGUCUCUAGAGAUGCUAUCCAGGAUCCAGGCUCCUGUGCUGGUUGUUAUGGCGGAUAAAGGCUUGAAAGUUAUAUUCCCCGAGAUUGCGAGCAAUUACUCCUCUCUUCUCACACACCAUGAAGAAAGAGAUAACACAGUAACAUGGGUAUCAGGUGACCAUCACGUCCACCUGGACCAUCCUGAAGUUGUGGCUCCAGUUGUGUCCGACUUCUUGCUGAAGGAAGUUCUGGCUAAAUGAUUGGACCAGAUGAGAUAGUCUGUUGUUCAGGUCUCGGUCUAAUACUAAUCCAAAGAGGUUUGACACAUCGAUUUUAUGCCAAGGUUUGUGGUUCAGUGGGGUUAAAAUCUUAAUAUAAAUCAGCACAUAAUCCAUUGUCUUUCAUGUGUUCACUAUUUGCCUCAAGGAGUGUCUCAUUUCUUUUUCUGGGCGAUGAAACCUAACAAACACUUCUUUGUAAAGGGAAACAUAAGAGACUUUGUGUGUUUUAUCUGAAUAAAAAGACUGUUUCUACAUUCUCAUUAAAUUAUGAUAAGGUUUAAUUAGACAAAAAACACAAGUGUUUUCGUCUCUAUAUUCCUUGGAGCCGUUCAAAAUAAAUCUUUGUAGUGAAGACUGCGCCAGGAAGCCUAUGUUCUCAUGCACCAAAGACAAUUCAAACCUGGAAUAAAGCAAUUAAAUACACCAGUAAGCAACCAGCGGAGACUAUAAAAUAGCACGCUCUCU